AUGUCCGAUAGUAAACAAAACGUGGCUGAGCUGGUCAACAGCGAACCCCACGACUUUCGGUCGCUGCUUUCUUCUUCCGAGAGGGACUUUCUUGUCCGCAACAAUGGUGAUCAGAUUAAAGUUGAAAGCUUGAAGGGGAAAAAGCUUGGGUUGUACUUUUCUGCAUCAUGGUGCGGUCCAUGUCAACGAUUCACCCCUUCUUUAGUGGAGGCCUACAAUGAACUCUCUUCCAAAGGUGAUUUCGAGGUUGUCUUUAUCUCAGCUGAUGAAGAUGAUGAGUCAUUCAAUGGGUACUUCUCCAAGAUGCCGUGGCUUGCAAUUCCAUUUUUGGAUAAAGAGGCACGUGAUCGUGUGGAUGAACUGUUCAAGGUCAAAGGGAUACCCCAUCUUGUGAUCCUUGGUGAAGAUGGCAAAGUUUUGAGUGAUAGUGGAGUUGAGAUUAUUAAGGAGUAUGGAGUAGACGGCUACCCUUUUACACCAGAAAAGAUAAAAGAACUAAAAGAUCAAGAAGAAGCAGCCAGAAGGAAUCAAUCCUUGAAAACAAUCUUGGUUUCUCGCUUACGUGACUUUGUGAUUUCAAAUGACGGAAAGAAUGUGCCUGUCUCUGAACUUGAAGGGAAGAUAGUGGGUCUCUAUUUUUCAUUGUCUGCAUACAGUCCAUGUGUUGACUUUACUCCAAAACUUUUGGAGGUUUAUGAGAAGCUAAAAGCAAAUGGAGAGAGCUUUGAGGUUGUGGUGAUACCACUUGAUGAUGAUGAAGAAUCAUUCAAGCAAGAUUUUAAGAGCAUGCCUUGGUUUUCUUUGCCAAUCGGGGACAAAAAUGUUGGGAAGUUGGCUCGAUACUUUGAGCUUUCAACCUUACCCACUUUGGUUAUUAUUGGGGCAGAUGGUAAAACUGUUAGUAAGAACGUUGCUGAGGCCAUUGAAGAGCAUGGGGUUCUGGCUUACCCCUUCACCCCAGAGAAGUUUGCAGAGCUUAUUGAGAUAGAAAAGGCAAAGGAGAAAGCUCAAACCCUAGAGUCAAUUUUGGUAUCUGGGGAUCGAAACUUUGUCAUUGGAAAAGGUGGAACUGAGAUUCCUGUGUCAGAUCUGGUGGGGAAGAACAUCCUCCUUUAUUUCUCAGCUCAUUGGUGCCCUCCAUGCCGUGCCUUUCUACCAAAACUUGUUGAAGCCUAUCACAAGAUUAAGGCAAAGGAUGAUGCCUUUGAAAUUAUUUUCAUCUCUAGUGACAAAGACCAAGGCGAUUUUGAUGAGUUUUUCUCUGGAAUGCCAUGGCUUGCUCUUCCCUUUGGUGACUUGAGAAAAGCAUCCUUGAGCCGCAGAUUCAAGGUGAAAGGCAUCCCCAUGCUCGUAGCUAUUGGUCCUACUGGCCAAACAGUUACAAAAGAAGCAAGAGACCUCGUUAUGCAGCAUGGGGCAAAUGCUUAUCCUUUCACUGAAGAGCGGCUAAAAGAGAUAGAAGCAGAGUUCGAGGAGAUGGCAAAGGGGUGGCCUAAGAAGUUGAAGAGUGCACAACAUGAAGAGCACGAGCUCACGCUUUCUCGCCGUAAAAAAUAUGUAUGUGACGGGUGCAAUAAGCCGGGAGAAGUGGGGUGGUCAUUCUACUGUGAGGAGUGUGAUUUUGAUCUCCACCCAAAAUGUGCAUUUGAGCAAGAUAAAGGAACUGAAAGUGAUGCCAAGCAGGAACAGGAUCCUCCUCAAGAAGGAUUUAGGUGCGAUGGUGAUGUGUGUAAAAAAGCUUAA